AUGCCCGCGUGCGCGGCGCUCCGCGGCCUCGUCUCCGCGCGCGUCGUCCUCCAUCGCGCGCGCCUCGCGCUCGGCGCUCCCGUCGCGUCGUCGUCGUCGUCGUCGUCGUCGUCGUCGUCGUCGCGGCGUCGCGGCGCGACCGCUUCGCGAGGAGGGCGUCCCCGCGUCCCCGCCGAUCGCCGCGCCGCGUCCUCCUCCUCCUCCUCCGGCGAUCUCGAACCCAGGCUCCCAACGGGCACGCGCGACCGCGAGCGCGCGAUGGGGAAGAUCGUGUCCGAGACCGCGGCGCACAGCCGCUACCUCACCGUGUUCGACCGCGUCGUCGAGUUCGACCGACGCGCGUCGUACACGUCGUCGGACGCCGAUCCUCCCUCCGCCGUCUCGACGCGCGUCUCGUACGACGUCGUCGGCCACCCUCGCAACGACUUCAAGUUCGCGGUCGUCUUCCCGUUCCACAGCGCGGACGCGACCGUGACGAUCGUGUCGGAGUACUGCCAGGGCACGAACGGACGCUGCGUCUCGCUCCCCACGGGUGGGUUCGAUCCGACGCGGCACGCGACGCUUCGCGACGCCGCCGUCGCGGAGCUCGCGGAGGAAGCGCGCCUGGACGGUGAGCGCGUCGUGGAGUGCCUGGUGAAGGGCGGCGACAUCGGCGAGGCGAACGUCGAGAGCGGCGGGCACCCGGGGUUCUUGGAGAGCAAGUGGUGCGCGAACCGGUUCAAGCCGUUUCUCGCCGUGGACGCGACGGCGCUAUCGGCGGCGGACGCGGCGACGGCGCACGCGAGGGACGCGGAGGAGUUUUCGAUGACGACGGAGCGCGUGAGCGUGGAGAGGCUGAGGGAGUUGAUGAGGGGGGGGGACAUGAUGGUGCCGUCGAUAGUGACCGCGAACUUGGCGCUGGAGAAGCUCGCGAAGGACGGGCUGUUGUAGCGAGAGCGGCGCUCGGGCGCUCGCGUUUAUUCGUCGCUACUAAACAUUUUAU